GUCUGCACCGCCUUCGUCCCUGAACAACAAAUCAGCGCAGUGCGCAGCAGUUCGGCAGCAGCAGGAAGCCUCAACAGCAAUGUCGAAACGAACUGCGCGGUAACUUGUCCUCUCCUCUUGCUUUAAAUCUACGUUUCCUGUUUCUCAUCCAUCCACUCCCGAUAUGAUUAUCCAGAAGGAAGACCCACUACAGGAAGAUGCACCGCCCUCAUAUGACGAGGUUGGUGGGGCCCCACCUUCCACAUCGUCGCGACCAACGGAUAUAAAGACCCCCAUCGGUACAAGCUCUGGAGGAAGCUCUAGUACGACUUAUCCACCAAUCACACCGAACCUUCGUGGACCAGGAACAGGAACAGCAACAUUGCGAACAGGAAAGGAAACGACAGGCAGUUGGUGGGGUUUGAGCUUUGUUGGAUCUCGCAAAUCACGAGAAGUACGAACGACCGUAUUGGGAAUCAUACGAGAUGUGGUUAGAAGGACGGUGGAUGAUGGUGUGGAGGCGAAGGGGAUAUUGGAGAGUUGCCACGCCGCUUGUGCAGACGAUCGUAUACCUUUCAACGCUCUGCUGCAGGAGAAGUCCAUCGAAGGUUAUUCGGCUAUAUACUGGGCAAUCAUCAAUCGAAAACCGGCUUCGGAUUCUACUUCACCAGAUCUUUUAACGUUGGUGUUGUCGUAUGCGGCACCUCUAACGCCGGCCACGGUCGAGGAGAUCAAGCUGGCGUGUCUGAUAACUUCAGAUCAGGCGUUAUUCCAACGGCUGAGGACCUCUGCAGAGUUUAUUGCGCUUUCAGGGACAGACGAGAUGGUACUUGGCGGUAAAGCUGCUCCAGAUGCAGUAGAAGUUGUGGAAAUACCCUCUGAUGAGGGUGCCUUCGUGGUCGACAUAAAGCUGAUGAAGUUCCAGAAGAGGAUGAGGGUGUCGGGUGAGGUUGGAGUUGAUUUUAUUGCUAGAGGACGAAUGUGGCGUCUCGCAUUCUGCAUAUCUACAGAUAAAUGGAGACAUGACCGGCCCCGUUUCGGAGCGUGGUAUGUCUCCCUCACUCUUCUCGAAAACAGUCCUCCGACAUGGGUAGAUUCUCGGUUACUUAUCCCUGAUGCAUCUUUGACGAUUCCGAAACCUGGAUCGUCUUCUCUUGCCGAUGUACGACCUCCUCGCAGUAACGACGGAAGCAGAUUGAAGCCAACGAUUUCCAUACGGCUGGCGUCUCGUGUUGAGUUGGGUCCCAGGCAGAAGUUUGGCCACCCACAUCACCAGUAUAAUGUAUAUUCACUUUUGGAGAGUGACUCGAACGCUACUAGUCUCCAGUAUAGCGGGAGUUCAUAUAUCGGAUCGAACGAUUCAUUACGUAUCCGACUCGAAGGAAAGCUGGGAAAACCUCAAGACGAAUGUGUCAUAUGUUAGCAGCCUUUAGAAAACCAACUCCGCCCUUAGGUUAGGAGACCGUAUGGCAUGUAGAGGAUAUACCCUGCACCUUCGGAUUUGAGAGAGAGUAGUUGAAUUAUAUAUCGUUCGAUUACCGAUUUCCGUGUCCCUACAUCUAGCGCAAUCUAUUCAGGGCGUAUUGACUACACCCUGCAGGAUUGUGCGAAUACGACCAGAU